UUAGAAAUUACAUUCAGGAUGAGAUGAAAAAGAUUUACACAUUUAAUAAUCAGAUGUAAAGAUGGCAACACUAGAGGAUUUAGCAGAAAGUUUUGAUGGUCGCUUAGAAUGCAUGCGGACACUCGUAGAUCUACAGUUUGCAGCAGAAGAGGUUGACUGUAACAAACAUUUCGAAACCUUGUUGAAUGAAGUGGAAAAACUUGAAAAUGUCUUGUCUGUGAUGAGAUCUGUUGUUCAAAAACAGAAGGAAGAAUCUAAACAAAUACAGGAUGUAAAGUUGACAUUUGAAAAUAUGAUUAGCCAUUUGCAGUAUAGUUGUCAACAUGUACCUGUACACAUACCACAACCAGCAAAGAAGGAGGCUGUUCAUGCUGUUCAUCAGGAAGCAAAGACUAAAAAAGAGAACCAGACAACUUCAGUUAAAAGUGGAAAUGGAAGCAAUAAAGUAAAAUCUGCAGAAAAAAAUGAGAAAAACGGUAAAAAGUCAGGAAAAUGUGAUGUUUAUGUACCAACAGUGGAAUAUGUAACAGUUGAAGAGUUUGAAGGAGUACCGAAGUACAUGAAGGGGCGUUUAACAUACAGCCAGGUGAAUGGUGCAAUAGAUGAAUUAAACAAGCCAUUGAAGGAAAAAUACAAAAUAUUAUCAAUGAAGAGGACAACUUUGAAUGAUGUUAACAGAAAAAGAUAUGAAAAAUUCAAGUUACAGGAAACAAAAGACACAGCAGGAGAAUAUUUCAUUGUGGAGGAAGACAUUAAAGAAUUCUCAACUUUAAAAAUGGACAAUGUUGGACGUGCUAUAUUGACUGUUCUGCGACAUUGUGGUCGGAUGAAGGAGAUAAGAGGAAGUGGUCAUAUCAGAUAUGCUUGUCUCCCUGUUUACUGAAUGUACCCCAGUAAUCAGAUCAAAUGAUGUGUUCAUUGUCCGUCAAAAAUAGGUCACUUCAUAAAUAUAAUCAGAUCAAAGUCCAUCAAAAAUAGUUCAUCUAUUCAAUGUGGCUAUUGAUUUGACUGUGGCCAUCAAAAAUAGGUUGCAAUAUAUAUUGACUCCUGUGGCAAUUGUUUUGCACAACACAAGAAAUUGAUUACACUAUAUAUGCUUAUCUGUUUACAUGACUGAAAAGUCUGCAAAUAUAGCUUGAAAGAGCAGUUUUGGAACAAAACUACAAAAGGAGCAUUUGCAAAAAAUAUACAGUAUUCAUUUAUGAUGGGCUAUUUAUAAAAUAAUAUAUACCUUGUUUGUUAAAAGAGAACCAAAUGAAAUGGAAAAAAAUGUUUUUUUAGACUUUUUGAGCAACUUAAUUUGUAUGUACAUUAUGUAAUAAUUUAGAAUAGAUUACAACUAUCCCAAACUUAUAUUGAUCAUAGUGAUUAUUAAACAAGUGACCAAAACCUUAAGGUUAUUAAAAUACCCUCAUCUGUUUAGAAUAAGUCAGUGUUUCUAUUUUUUUAUCCACCAAUUAAGAAUACAAAAAUUGAAUUCAAGAGAUUCCAAGUUUGAUUCUAUGAAUGAACUUCCCCUAUUGAACUGUUAUCAUUUGGGGGAAACAUGUCAGAGGUCAUGGUAUCAAAAAAGAUAUUUGCUUUGUGACAUCCAAUUUUUCUGGGAAAAAGCUAUUGACCAAUUGGAAGAUGUAUAAUGGACAAAUUUGACAAACAAGUACAUUGCUUAAUCAUUUCCUAAUGUAAUGGUAAUCUGACACACCAUAAAUAGAGAAAAUUGUAAAGAAAAAAUUUUUCAAAUAAAGUGAAGACAGAUUUUGAAAUGCUAGAAAUAGAAGGAAUACAAAUCAUUUCAU